UUUUUUGCUCUUCGACGUUGUCCCGCGCCGAAGGCCGUUCUGGCGAGCGAGCGGAGGGCGCCCGUGGGCAGCAGCCGGCGGCCGAGGCGGGAUGGGGUGCGAAGGGCUUAAUAAACCGCGGGCGCCUGCGGUCGCGCGGGCGCCCGCGGCGUGUGGCGCGCGUGCGGCGCCUGGCGCGGGACGGCGGGCGAAGGUCUCGAAUUGGUGCACACCAGCCGGAGUUGUUCCGAGUACUGGAGCACUGUCGGACCCAGAACUCCAGCGCCUUGAACGAUGAGAUUCGGACUGAAAAUGACGGCCGCGGCGCCCUCUCGAGAGCCGACAACGGACAAUCCACUAAUCGACGUGCCAGGGUGGGGGUUCUCCAGGAGGGAAACAGCACACAGACAGGAGGAGGAGGAGGAGGAGGAGGAGGAGGAGGAGGAGGAGGAGGAGGAGGAGGGGGGGCACGCAGCGUUCGAGGGGCGCCCCCCCGGCGAAGUGGCGGCGGCAAAGUGCUGCCCGCGGCGGCCCCGCGGGCCGUGCUCGACGGCUCGGCACACCGCGGGCCUCGCCGGCACGGCGGCGGGUGUGCCGCGGGCGCACGGGCACAGCCUCGCCACAGCGCCUUGGCAGCAGGGCGCCUUGGCAGCAGGGGCGGGGCCGAACUGCAAUCAAAUCUACAUUGUGAGACCUGCGCAUACUGCCGACGGUGUUUGUAAGACUGAAUGAUGCCGUUUGCGAAUGCCUCGUUCAACCUUGGACAGCGUGUGCAAUCGGCGACUGCUCCAUCCACCGCUUCGGCUUCAGCGCUUCCUUUGACGAAUAUUGGAUCAUUUCGGCACUCUCCAGGUCCAUGUGCCGGAGCCCCAUCGAGUCUCAUGCCCCCGACGCAUUCAGGCAGAUGAUCGAGCACUCCAUCAGCGCAAACCCCGCAAAGACCCACAGAGACACGAACAUGGGUGUCGCUCCUGCAAACGCCUCGGGCAACAACUCCAUGAUGGACACGCAAACCAUCACCCCCGCGGUCGAGGCGUACACAGCACCAUACACAAACGGUGGUAGGCCUUCGAGCCUGCAGAUAGCGAUGAGGAACCAGCCAAAAGCUGCCCCGAUGGGCUGCGCGAGGCCGGCCCAGAACGUGUUCUUUACAGCUCCCCAAACUGACCCGCUUGACUGAUAGAACGGGACCGCAAUGGCCAUUCCCUCUGGGAUGUUGUGCAUUGCGAUUGCCACUGGCACUGCGAAAGACCCUGUGCCUCCACCAAAGAAAGUUGCAAGACCCUCGGGGAAGUUGUGUAUCGUCAACGCCAAGAACGUCACAAACGAGAUCCGCUCAAGAGAGGACACCUUCUGUGAGUCGUGAUGAUUCAAGGCCUCACUUGAAUCAGAGUCUCCCUCCUCCACGUUCUCCUGAUUGGAAAACAUCGCGUCAACGCACUUGUCGAGCCCAAUCGCAGCGAGUACGCCCACGAAGAAGAAGCCAGCAACGCAUAGCCUGACGCAGAUAGUCUCACCACCCUCCCCACCUUCACCCUCACCCACUCCCGCACUGAGGCGUCUUCCACUGCCGCAGUCUGGAGGAUGAAAAUGGUGCUCGAAGAACUGGACCGCCUCUGUCCCAAGGAUGUCAAUGAAGGAGAGAACCCACAUCAUCACGCCAGCUGCAAAGCCCAUGGCCGCAGAAGUGACUUUCUUGGGGUUGCCACCCAUCUUGGCAAAAAGGAUGGCCACAGAACCCAGGCAGGUUGCCAUCCCUGCAAUGAUCGUGAGCACAAAUCCAAGCAAGUAGUCUGGCUCCUUCUCGCUGCAGUGUGCCAGGCGCCGAGCAACCGAAGGACGCCCCGAAAACAUGGCCACGAGGCUCGAACACAGUGUGAGAGGCUUCUGGUGCUCGGGCUAUUCGGGGAAUGGCUCAGGGCACGGAACAACACAUGUGCAGAUGAGGCCAACUUUUGCACCAGAGCCACAUUGGCUUGAGCCAAAAUGGCUACGGACCGAAUUUCUGUGGGGCCUUGGGACACGUGCAAACACAUAACACUCACACCCCCGAAGCCACAGCCGUUCG